AUGUACACAUUUCGGACUCUUCUCACCGCUGCUGUAGCGCUGUCGAGUAGUGCUAUGGCUCUCCCUCGUCAAAAGCCUCUGGCCGAGAGCGAACCCUGGCACCUCCUUGGCUUGUCCGUCUUUACGGCUUCCACUGGCUCCUCCAACAAUUCCAUCUCUUUCGACUUGGUCGACAACAAUGCUGGACUACAAGCAAGCACCGCUUGCUCGCGCUCCGUUCCGGGCUCUGUAGAAGAUGCGAAUAACUUUUAUCCUUGCGACAAUAACAGUUUCAGUUUCAGAUGGGAUGGCACCACUCUACGUAUGCAGAGGACUUACAAAGAUACGGCUGUUGGACCGUGUCCUCUGUAUUGCUCUGUCACGGCCUAUGGCAGUGGGACACCCAAUCUCACCGUCAACUACGUCGCCGAAGACGGACAGGCCACCUAUCAAGAUUCUCUCGACAUUGCUGUGACCGAGAUGAUUGCCUGA